AUGGCGACUGGUGAGCGGGAGGUGGUGCCGCCUCUGUGGUCAGUGGGAGCCCGGUUGGCGGCCCUGCUUCCCGACUUGCUGGUCUUCCGGAAGCCCCGCGGAUCGAAACCCGAGCUUGCCACGGCCCAGGGCGUCCUCCUAGGCGUCCACGUGACGGGAUUUACAGCAUUAAUGGACAGGUUCAGUCUGACCUGCAAAUCGGAACAUGACAUGGAUAAACUGGCCCACAUCUUCAGUUAUUACAUUAGUGACAUCGUGGAGCAUAUUCUCUGUUUUGGAGGUGAUAUCCUAAAUAUCACAGGGAAUGUGCUCCUGGCACUCUGGACAGUGGAACGGUGUCAACUGAGUGACAUCAUUACCCUGGUGGCAAAAUGCAGUCUGGAGAUACAGGAGAAAUUUGGAAUCUACCAUACCAGAGAAGGCCAGGACCUGCACCUAAAGAUAGGUAGUAGCUCCUAAAAUAGUGAUCCAAUUGGAAGAAGGAAAAAAAAAAAGUACUGUGAAAAAUUCAAAAGACAAAUGACAAACUGGGAAAAAAUAUCUGCUACGCAUGUAGACAAAAGGGUGAAUUUCCCUUGGAAAUCAAGAAAAGAGUAGCAUUCUAAGAGAAAAACGGACAAAGGACAUGAGUAAAUAGUACAUAGACAAAGAAAUAUAUGUUUUUUAACAUGUAAAAUGAUGGUCAACUUUACUCAUAAUAAGAAAAAGGCUAAUUGAAAGUACAUUGAGAUUAUCUUUCUUACCUAUAGAUAGGCAGAAAGGCAGAUGCUGGAUAAUACACUCUGUUGGUGAAUUUGUGAGGAAUGGAGAAUAGUACUUCUACAGAGGGUGAUUUGGUAAUCUUUAUCAAGAUUACACGUGCAUUUAUUCUUUAACCCACCAGUCCCUGUUCUGGACAUUUCUCCUAUAGGUAUACCUGCACAUGUCUGAAAUGUCAUAUGUAUAAGGCUAUUUAUUGCAAUACGGUUUGUAAUAAAAGACUAAAAAAUCCAUCUAAAUAGGAGACAGAUUAAAUAAACAAUAAUAUGUCUUCUCAGUGAGAUUCUCUGCAAUUUUUAAAAAAUAAGAUGUUUUAUAUGGCAUCUCUCACGUCCUGUGGAUCCUUUUUGGUUCUUUUGUUUUUUGUUUUAUUGAGGGAUAAGCAACACUGUACAUAGACAUAUUUAUACACUUCUGAAACCAGCACCAUAAUCAAGAUAAUGAACAUAUCCAUCACUCAAAAGUUUUCUUGUGCUCCUUGUACAACCUUUCUCCAUCACUCCCUUCCCCCUUCCCUAAGCAACCACCAAUAUU